CCCCAUUGCAAGAUCCGGGCCAUUCGCAAAUUCCCCCAGAUAAGCGCCAACCCACCACAUCCAUGGUGCUACGUAAUUCAAGAAGCAUGUCGACAUGCAAAUCAGUUCUCCGCCAAUGGCCUCGCUAUCUCCGCCGCCAAACCCCUCAGUCUGCCGCUGUCCUACCGCAAUCUAGCCGUUGGGUGCUUCAGCUAUUGCCUUUUGCGCAGCGCCGGACCUAUGCUUCCAUCUCCGCCGCAGAACUCAAAUUCGGUCAGCCGCUACAUGAGACUCACCCUCAUAUCCUGAAUCCGGGUGAAUUGACCCCCGGAAUCACCGCCCUCGAAUACGCCCAGCGCCGCUCGCGCCUCGCCAACAAAUUACCCAAGCAUGCUGUAGCCGUGCUGGCGGCCUCGGAGGUCACCUAUCGCGCAGCGGGGAUUUUCCAUGAGUACCGACAGGACUCCAACUUCUUCUACCUUACGGGCUUCAACGAACCCAGUGCGCUAGCGAUCGUUGCGAAUGAUGGAUCGGGGAACAAUCAUCUCUUUCACUUGUAUGUGCGCGAGAAGGAUGCAAGGGCCGAGCUCUGGGACGGCGCUCGGUCAGGCACCCGCGCUGCCAUUGAUGUCUUCAACGCGGACGAGUCAGGGGACAUCGAUCGGAUUGGAGACUUGCUACCCAAGAUCCUGUCGGAUGCUACGGAGAUUUAUACGGACAUUCCCGCCUUGAAUCCUGGGCGCUCAUCCCUCCAUCGUUUCCUGUACGGUCCCACGGCUACCUCCGAGAAGCUGAAGAAGCUGGUUGACUACCGCAAGGUCAAGCCACUCAAGCCGAUCCUGAACGAGAUGAGAGUCUUCAAGAGCGAGGACGAGGUCGUGCAGAUGCGCCGCGUCGGACAGGCCUCGGGCAGGGCUUUUACUGAAGCGAUGAGGCAGACAUUCACCAAAGAGAAGGACCUGACGGCGUACCUCGAGUAUAACUUCAGGCGUAAUGGCUGUGACGGCAGUGCGUUUGUUCCGGUAGUUGCCGGCGGCUCUAAUGCCCUGAGCAUCCACUACACUAGAAAUGACGAUGUGCUCAGGGAUGGAGACAUGGUUCUUGUGGACGGAGGCGGCGAAACGGGCACGUAUGUGUCUGAUAUCACGAGAUCCUGGCCUGUCAAUGGCAAGUUCACCGGUCCUCAGAAGGAUUUGUACAACGCGGUCUUGACCGUACACCGUCACUGUCUCUCCCUCUGCAGGGAAGAUGCAUCGGUCAGCCUGGAUCGCUUGCACACGAUCGCCGAGAACGGUCUGCGGGAACAACUGAUACAACUUGGGUUCGACGUUUCUGGAGACGCAAUGGGAAUCCUCUUCCCUCACCACGUCGGACACUACGUAGGACUCGAUGUCCAUGACUGCUCCGGAUAUUCUCGUGGCUAUACCCUGCGGGCAGGACAGUGCAUCACUAUUGAGCCUGGCUUGUAUGUUCCUGAAAGCGACCGUUGGCCGGAAAAAUUCCGGGGUAUUGGCAUUCGCAUUGAGGAUAGCGUCUGUGUCGGUGACGAGAAUCCGAUUGUCCUAACCACCGAAGCUGUCAAAGAGGUUGAGGAUAUUGAGGCCCUUCGGGAUUAGAAUUGAAGGAACAGGAGAAUAGUAUUGAUACCCUUCAUUAUAUUGUAUACUAGCAAGCACUCGCACUCCCCGUGUUAGUAAUGAUGAUCUCUUUCAGGUGCAGGUAAACAUCAAAAACCAAGUUUUUUCG